UGUGACCAUGACCUCACCUAAGCAGAGUGUUGUGGGAAGACACAGGAACUUCCCUCAUUAGACCCUGGAAAUGGAGUAACUGCUGCUUUUUAGCCCCUGAGAAUCACAACACAUAUCUUCCCGUGUUUGCGCUCUGCUGUUCUCGUUUCAGUAGGACUGUAUAACAGAAUGCCAGAAUGGCUGGAGAAGCUGAGGAGAAUCGUUACAGUGGAGCCGGCAAUCUUCUUCUACAUGACCAGCCUCUUCCUCAUGACGCCAGCAUAUCAGCAGCUGAUCAUUGAGAAGGUCUGCAAGAAGCUCCACAACAACACCUGUAACCAUCAUGAAGAAGAUGAGCAGGUGGAGUCUCAGGCCUCUUACAUUCUGCUGUUCUACACCCUCAUCCUCAGCUUAGUCUCCAUCCCUCCAGCCAUGCUCCUGGGCUCCUGGUCGGACCGCGUUGGCCGCAGGCACGUGCUGGUCCUGCCCUUCAUACUGUCUCUGCUGAGUGGUGGGGUACUGGUGGCCAUGGUGUUGGUGGAGACUAUGAGUGUCUACUGGUGCCUGUUGGCUGCUGGUAUUAUAGGCCUCACCGGUGGCCAUGUCUCAAUCUUCCUCAUCUCCUUCAGCUACCUGGCCGACAUCACUAUAGACUCCAGCUCCAGCCGGACUCUGCGCAUGGCCGUGGCCGAGGCCAUGGUCUUCGUCGGGGGCAUGGUGGGGUUCCUCCUGGGAGGCUUCCUCGAGCAGUGGUUCGGCUUGUUGGAAGCUUUCAUAGCCUACAUCUGUUGCCAUGUUUUUGCCAUCCUCUACAUUGUGCUGUGGCUGCGAGACCCAAGACCGUUCGGCAGUGCCUUAAGCUUCCCGUCUAAAGAGGAAGAGGAGCAGACGAGUUCUGAGAAAAGCCAGUCUGGGCUCUUCAUCCUGAAGUAUGCCAAGCUGUCGUUUCAGGCUGUGUUCAGAAGAAGGUCGGGUCAGGAUAGGCUGAAGCUGCAGCUCCUCAUCCUCUGCACGUUCAUAAACAACUUGGUCUCUAUCGGGGAGACGGCUAUCUUACUGCUUUAUUUGAAGUAUAAGCCCAGAGAGUUCACCACAGAGAUGUUUGGGGCAUAUAACUCUGCGAGAAUGUUUCUGUUGGGUUUUGGUCUUCUAGGCCUGUUUCCUCUGCUGAUGCGCUGCUUCAGGGAAAUGACUUUGGCGAAACUCAGCGCUGUCUUCAGGGCCGCCUCCUACGUCCUGCUGGCUUUUUCCACCAACACAUGGAUGGUCUUUCUGGUGGCUGUGGUGGCAACUCCUGCUGGGAUAACGCAAGCAGUGAUUCGCUCUUUGUCUUCUGCCAUUGUAGGACCUGAUGAACAAGGUGCCAUGUUCUCCUUCUCCGCCUCAGUGGAGGCCACCUGUAUCCUCCUCGGUGCCGUUAUCUUCAACGGCCUCUACCCACAGACCCUGCCCACCUUCCCCGGCUUCCCCUUCAUCAUCAUGGCCGGCUUCUGCAUCAUCGUGCUCAUCCUAAUGCAGUGGAUUAGUGAGAUGCCAGUCACUCAUCGGCGCCUGGUGCUUCAGGACUGAUUCUUCUCUGUUCCAUUCCGAAUGCCACACACACACACACACACACACACACAUACACUCUUAAUGUCUGAUCACAUUUUGCUUACAAAUGAUUUUAUAGCACUUUGUAUAUAUUGUAAAAUAAAUGAAAGGCAGGCCAACGUAAAAUGUCAGUAACUGAUUACAGUGAUUUUUGAGUUAAUCCAACUUAUUUGGGCAAAUGUCACAUUUUUAAACAUGCAUCACAGUUUGGUCAACAGUGCAGUCUGAGCUAAGCCUAUGUAAAUGUAAAAAUUCUUGAAUUAUUAGUAAGCUUAUCCUGUUUUUCCUCAGAAAAUACACUUUUAGUAAUUUUAACAGUUUCAGCUGCAGCUCAUUUACUAAAGAUUUGUCAUGGUGGGGUACAGAAUACAGACACUCGCGGAUCCAGGAUUUUAUUAAAAACCCACAGGAUGUACAGAUAGUAAACAGAAAAGAGUAUAUAACGCCAGCAAACAGAUACCUGGAGGCAGAGACCAUUACAGGAUAGUGGGUAAGUCCAAUGGUCAUACACGAGGCAGGCAGUAUCAGAGAAAAUCCAAAAGAACAGAAACGAUAUACAGUCCGGGAGUGGUCAUACACGAGGCAGGCAGUAUCAGAGGUGAUCCAAAAACAGAAACGAUACACAGUCCAGGUAAUACACGAAAAAUCCACAGAGAAGGCAAAGGCAAAAAUCGAGGUCGGAAAACAAAAGGCAAGGUCAUACACUCGAAAACAAUCACAGAAAUAAACGCUUUGUAAUGUGGGCGAAACCAGGCAAUACGCGGCACCAGAGAACUCGUGAAGCGUCCUUAAAUACCCUGGGGUAAUCAAUACUCCGGGCUUCCUGGCGGAAGCAGGUGAGGUGUCACGUGCGUGGGUGUGUGCGUGAUGUCAGCGUGUGGUGCAUUCUGGGUAUUGUAGUUAUCUGGCUGAGAACCUCCGUUGGAGUUAAGUGUGAGAGGAAAGGAAGCGCCUAGAGCACCAUACAUGACCAGAUUUGGAUGCUCCUAAAUUGUCAUCAUGACCAAAUCCUCAAAAUCUGUAGAUGAUCUGCCUAAUGAUGGGUGCCUAAAGCUCUUAACAACUUUAACUUUAACUCUUAAAAAAGCUCUGUAAUUACAUCAAUUAAAUUAUUUUAAUGUAAUUAUCAUUUUAAUGAUCAUUUUAAGUUGGUAUGUCUUUUUGUAUUUUUUUCAUACACAUUCACUUUUUAUUUGUACAGUGCUAAAUUCAAGAGUCACAUAUUUAGUUUACAGGUGACAUAUAUGUACAUGUAUGUCUUUUUACACAAGUUAGAACAGGUAUAUGCACUAUGCACAAAUUAUUUGCACAAAAUCACUAAGUCCAUUUUUAACUGUGACAGAAACACAAUACUUUUUAUUUGAAAGGAUUUACUGUACAUCUUCCUCAUUUGUUGACUUGCCAUGAACAGUAUGUACAGAUCCCUCAGUCAGACGAAGUCUGCUGUCUAAUCCUGCUGUGUACUGUCCGAGGUUCUCAAACUAAAUGAUCAAAAUGGCAGAUAAUUUAACUGUGGGGUCAGGAUGCUUCUAUGCAGAUUUCCUUAUUGUGAUGUCAGAAUACUGGAGCAUCCAAACAGCUCAUAGAAGCAUAUAAAUCCUUACGUCAAACUCUUUCAAAAGAUUCAUAGAAAUUGGAUGGAAGUUUUUUUUGUUUGUUUGUUUUUGCAUUUGGAGUGUUUAUAAGAGCAGUCGAGACUCAAGGAAAUAUAAAAUCUUGCAAAAAGUGAAUUUUGCGUAAAAUGUCCCUUUUAAAAACUCCUCGUAGAAUCCUUAUAUAAAAUGAACAGAUCAGCUGAAAACCCCCCAGGUGCAGCAUAUCUCUUGAUACUGUUACGUUAAUAAAUUGCACGAGCUAAAUGCGUUUAAAGAACAUGAGCACAAAGUAAUGAAGUGUUACUGAUGGAGAGAAAUAUCUUCUGUAUGAAGCACUUCUGUAUGCAGAAGUCUUUCUGUGCAGCCCGGUUUGAUUGAUUGCAUGAAGAGUGCAAGCAUUAAUAACCCCAUAAUAAAAUUAGAAUAGUGAAAGGUCAGUGCCAUACUGGGGAGAGGUAAUUGAGAAUUGCAGCUUUAAACUGUUCUCCUGAUAAGACACUUUCAGACUCUGCAAUUAGAGCAGAGGGCCCAUCCUCACCGUUUUCCUUCCCCUCCAUCGUUGGAGGCCUGGAAUCAUUCUCCAAUUAGCGAGAUCGCAUUUAAUCACGGGGAGCCAACCUUCCACUAAAAUCAUGUCCCAAUUAAUUGGGCUGCUGAUACUUGUUGUAGGUGUUCCUGAGUGACACCAGAGCACUGAGCGCUGAGGUAUACUGUGAUCUCCACUUAGGUGCACGAAAAACACAAACGCUCCACUGAGCUCCUCCGGCUAAGAAUAUGUCUUUGUGGAAUUACACUCUUUAGGGGGCUCAACCUCACACGCUGUAAAAUGUAGCACAUUUUUAAUUUAGUUAAACGGGUUUAAGCAGAACAGGAUUUUGACCAGCUUCUCACAUUCCCAUAGCAACAUCAUCUGUGUAUCUUCACAGCCCUGCAGAGGCACUAUGGACAAAUUUGUUAUAUUUGUAGCACAUAUUCCAUUCUUUUUAUAAUCAUGUGUUUGUUUUUAGAUCACUAAGUAUCUCUGUACGUCACUUGAGUCCCUUGUAAAUUAUUUUAAUCACUUGCAUAGAAGCUGCAAUAUGUCAGUGUUUUGAUUGUUUGAGCAGACGUAAUGUACAACCUCCACACUGUGGGGUUACUUUAACCCUCCUGUUAUGUUCAGCUGUUUCUAUUUCUCAAAAACAUUGUCUUUAUCUUAAUGAAUUAGAUUUUAUUUAAUAUCUAAUAUUAUUUUUAAUUUUUAUCCCAUGUUCUCUCCAAUUUACAAUUUACGAUCUACAACCCACUCUUUAGUACACAACACCAAGAGGGGGGUAAAGACUAGCACAUGCCUCCUGCAAUACAUGUGAAAUCAGCCACCGCCUCUUUUCAGACUGCUGCUGCUGAUGUAGCAUUUCCGAGUAGCAUCACAGUGUGCUUGGAGUAAAGCGCAGCAACUCGGUUCCGAUACAUCAGCUCACAGACGCCCCAUGCUGAUCGACAUCACCCUUUAAAGUGAUGUGGGGAAAGAGCGCCAUCUACCCACCCAGAGAGAGCAAGGCCAAUUGUGCUCUCUCAGGGCUCCGGCAGCUGAUGGCAAGCUACAUAAACAGGAUUUAAAGAGGCAAUCUCACCUUACAUAUUAUAUUUUUGCUGAUUGUAGUUGCUAUUUAGUGUUCCAUACUACAGAUGAGUGUGUAUGUGUGUGUGUGUGUGUGAUUAAAACAUUAGUAGAAAGAGGUGGGGUGGUGUGUUGCAAACACAUUACAUUAGUUAUGUUCAAUUUACAUGUUUAUUAACUAAAUAUUCUCAGCUAAAAAAACAAUUUUGCUCCAAAAACAAUUAAAUCUUUUGAAAAUGAGUUGUAUUUUUAAAAUUUGAAACAGGUAAAUUUGAUCCACGACAAAACAGGACGGGUUAAAGUGGUGUUUUUUUUUUUUUGUAAACAUUUUAUUCACUACUACAAAGACAUUGUCUUACAAAAUAAAACAAAAUUUUAUUACUAUGA